AUGACGUCUCAAGUACUUACCAAAGAAGAAAAAUCUCUUCACGACCAAGUCAACAUCUUACCACGACGCCAGCUGCUCAUCGCCCUCGCAACCUUAUCAACCGCAUUGAUUCUGGUUACCAUUGACCAAAAUGGCAUCUCAGUCAUGCUUCCUACUAUCGCACAUGACCUAAACGCUGAGAAUACUAUCUCUUGGGCCGGAACAUCCAGUCUGGUCGCCAACACGUGUUUCCAGAUGCUCUACGGCAGGCUGUCUGAUGUCUUUGGUCGCAAAGUUGUCUUUGUAUCUGCCAUUCUGCUUCUUUGUUUUGCAGACUUGGUAUGCUCGUUCAGUCGGAAUGCUAUAAUGCUCUACCUUUGCCGAGCUAUCGCUGGUAUCGGCGGCGGCGGUAUACUGAAUGUUUCGAACAUCAUUAUAUCAGAUAUUGUCACUCUUGAGCAGAGAGGAAAAAUACAAGGUGUUGUCGGAGCUACCGUUGGUCUAGGGAAUAUUGUUGGUCCUUUCAUAGCUGCCGGUGUCAUUGGACAGACGUCAUGGAGAGCUUUCUUUUGGAUUCUUUCUCCACUGGCAUUUUGUACAGCGGUGCUUUCUUACUUCUUCCUUCCUUCUAAACCCGCUACUGUUGGGUUUUGGGAAGGAAUCAGGAAAAUUGAUUGGGUGGGCACAUUCGUCUCGGGCAUCGCGAUUGUUCUUCUACUCAUUCCUAUUUCCGGAGGAGGAUCCUACUUCUCUUGGGACUCGCCUCUAUCCAUAAGUAUGCUUAGUACUGGUGGCGCUCUACUAAUUGCAUUUGUCGUUUGGGAGUGGAAAAUGGCAAAACUUCCCAUGAUGCCAGUAAACAUCUACAAAAACAUAACGUUAUCUAUCAUGCUGGCACAGAACUUCUUGUUCGGUGCUGUUUAUCAGUCUUAUCUAUAUUACGUUCCUCUCUACCUUCAAAAUCCUCGCCAGUACAGUGCCAUGGAGUCCGCCGCAAUCUACACUCCUUUAGUGGCUGCGCAGGCGAUCUUUUCGAUGGCUUCAGGGCAGUAUAUCAGUUUUCGUCUGAGAUACGGAGAAGUCAUUUAUACUGGUUUUGCACUUUGGACACUCGGCGCGGGUCUGGCUCUAAUCCUCAAUCGACACACUAGCAUUGCAGUCAUUGCCAUAAUUUUAGCCGUCGUUGGAGCAGGGGUAGGGUGUAUUUUCCAGCCAACCCUGAUCGCCCUUCAGGCCCAUUCACCGAAGAGUCGUCGGGCUGUUAUUAUCUCGAAUCGCAACUUCUAUCGCUGUAUGGGCGGCGCUUGUGGCCUGGCCAUUUCUGCUGCAGCCCUCCAAGCCCGUUUGAGGGCAACCUUGCCAGCUGGGCAUAAAGAUCUUGCCAGCUCAACCUAUGUAUUGCCUGAUGGAAUGAGUGGGAAAGCUGGCGUCCUGGAUGCCUAUAUGUCAGCGAGUCACAGUGUGUUCAUACUCCAAGUGCCUCUUAUUGGAGCAUGCCUGCUUGGUACAGCGUUUAUCCGAGAUCGUGGUUUGGAUCCUGUAAAGGAGACUUAG